AUGUCGGCUCAGGAUUCCUCUCUGCGUGAGACUAACUGGCCCACUCUGGCCAAAUAUGUCUCUACGCAUAACGACACUUAUCCGUUCAUUGAUCCAUCCAACGCCGACCUGUCAGGAAAAGCAGUCUUGAUCACGGGCGCCUCCAAAGGAAUUGGAAAGGCGACCGCAAUUCGUUUCGCCGUGGCAGGCUGUUCGAAGAUCAUCCUCGCGGCCCGUUCUGACAUGGCCAAGGUUGAAGCCUCCGUCAUAGAUGCUGCCAAGAAGGCCAAUCGGCCCCAACCUCUCGUUCGUUCCGUCGAACUGGAUAUCACGUCAGAAGAAUCGGUGAAGGCAGCCGCAGAGACCGCCGAGGAAAUACUCGAUGGCAGCCUAGACAUCUUGAUCAACAACGCGGGCUGUCUUGAGGAGUGGAAGCCGGUGGCCGAGUCUGAUCCAUCGGAGUGGUGGUGGACUUGGGAGGUCACCAUGAAGGGCACUUAUCUCUCCGCCCGUUAUUUCAUCCCACUGCUUCUCAAGUCAGCGACCAAAACCAUCAUCAAUACCAGCAGCGUCGGAGCUCAGAUCAUCGUCCCCGGAGCAUCAGCAUACCAGACGAGCAAGUUCGCUCUCUGUCGCUUUACCGAAUUCAUCGACAAGGAAUAUUACGAGCAAGGAUUAAUCGCCAUAUCGAUUCAUCCGGGCGGGAUUAAGACUGAGCUAGCUUUGAACAUGCCCCAAGCGAUGCAUUCUCACCUAAAUGACACGGUGGAGCUGGCUGCUGAUACAUUGGUUUGGCUAUCUCAGGAGCGACGCGAUUGGCUGUCGGGUCGAUUUAUUACAGUCAAUUGGGAUAUGGAGGAGCUAGAGAACAAGAAGAAGGAGAUCCUUGAAGAAAACUUGCUCAAGUUUCGUAUGACGAUCUGA